AUUUUACUGAUGUCUUCAAUUAAUUAGGAGCCAUAAAUAAGAAAACAUUCAGAUGUUACUGCUAACUAUUAAACAUACCCUAAAGAUCAAGAAUUAGAUCAAUAUUUCGAGAAUUUUCCAUAGCCUGCUUUACAAAAGUACUAGUAAUAAUAUAAAUAAUAAGUCUAGGAGCACUUUUUCAGAUUAGGACUUCUUAAUUAAUGAAAAGUUUUAAAAUAUAGGUGAUUAUGAAUAAGAAUAAAGAAUUCCUAUAAUUAGUGAUUUAAUAGAAGAGAAACUUUAAACAACUAGUUUCUAGUAAUUUGAAUAAAUUGAUACAUAUAAUCAGAACUAUAACUUGAAGGAAAAGAGAAUUAGAAGAACCACAAAUUAUAAUGUAUUAACUUUGUAAAUAAUUUUAGGAAUUUUUUGAUCAAUAAUUGGAUGAUUAAAAUUAACUAAAUUUACCUUGCAAAUGUAAUAAAUCACAUUGUUUAUAAUUAUACUGUGCUUGUUUUCAUAGAAAUAUUGAAUGCUCAAAAUUAUGCAAAUGCAAUGAUUGUCAUAAUAAAUAAGAUUAUUCUUAAAUCAGAAAUUAAGCUUUAGAAAAAGUGAAAAUAAAAUAACAAAGACUUAAAUAUGAUGAGGAUUUAUUUGAUAAGAAAACUGUUUGGGGAUGUUAAUGUAAAAAAUCACAAUGCAAAAAGAAUUAUUGUGAAUGUUUUAUUAGAAAUAAAAAAUGUUCAUCAAUUUGUAAAUGCAAUGAUUGCGAAAAUAAAAAGAGAAUAUCAAAAUAAAAAAAAAUAGUAAAAUGUGAACAUUGA